AAAACAUUUAGACUUCUUAACAGGAAAGUUCCAAUCCUGAAAAUAGAGAAUUUUCUGUGCAGCUCUGUGAUGUGGCAGUGAGUUAGUCUGGAAGAUAUGGACGCGUGAAUUGAUUCUUCUUCUUAAUAAUAUUCACAUUGCAGUCUAGAUGCAGUAAGACGAUUUAUUAACAGUAACAGUAUCAAUAGGAACACAUGUUACACUUCUUUAUUUUUAAAAAACAGUUUUUAGACUUGUAGGCUGUAAGUUAUUCAUUAUAACUUAUAACUUAGUAGGCCCUACUUAGUGUUUCUUAGUUUAGAUUUUUAGAGUUAGAGGGUAGCGGGUAGUGGCCUGCCUAACUUUACUCUGAAACUCUUAACGAAUGUGACUCUUAUAAGGAAGGCUUAGUCUGACUGAGUUUAAGUUUACCAAUCAUAGAUGCCAUAAUUUUUUUAAUAAUAAUUUAAUAAUAAUAAUGCCAUAAUUUAUAAUAUUCAAAGAAUAUAUUACUUUGUAACUUACCUACCUCCUUGGUCCUUAGAAUUAGAUUAGGCUCAGACUAUUGAAUAGGCUAUUAGUUUCUUAUCAAAAGUUAUUAAAGCCUAAUUUUAUUUGUUUAGUUAGACUGACUCUGAUUGUUAUUAUUGGUAAAUUUGGAGAGAUAGCACCGCGACCCACGAACUUAUAUCACUAAAUGUAUCCCUAGUCUAAACCUUACCUGAACACUAAAUCUAUCCCUAAACCUAACGUGAACCCAAAACUUAUCCCUAACCUAGGUUUUGACCCUAUCAGAACCAGGGUUUUGACCCUAUGGGAACAAGGGUUUUGACCCUAUCGGAACCAGGGACACAACAAGCAAAUGACUUCAGGGUGCUAUCUCUCCAAAUUAGCCUUAUUAUAUUUGCCGCAUCUCACAUUCACUUAGUAAUGUUGCAGUUGCCAUUAAAUGUAUUAAUUAAAUUUACUAAUCCUAUUAUUUCUAUGUAGGGACUUUGGGCAUUUCCCUGAAACACCCAAAAAACAUGUACCGUUUUUUCAUUGUCAAAAUUGCAACCUACACUUUUUAAUUUAUUGAGGGUAUUGUUGUUUUGCCUUUUAUAGUUGAUUUUUAGCAUUAGUUUAUGUAUAUUGUAUGUAUGUAUAAUAUAUAUAUAUAUAUAUAUAUAUAUAUAUAUAUAUAUUUACACACACACACAUAUAUAUACCCACACAUGACAUAUAACCUUAACCUAAUAUAGUAUAGGUGUCGAAAUGUAACUAUUGAUGUCCUGUGGUCAUCCACUCUUCUAAUCCAGACGCUCAACCAUGGGACAUCCUAGUACCACACAUACCAGUGUAACCGAUAACAAACACUGGAUAUAUCGAUAUGAGUUCAAUGUAUAAUUUUAAUAUGCCUUGUAAGCCUGACAAGUCACUAUCUAUCUAACUGAAUCUUCACACAUAGAAAGCUAAGCCUUGAACAUCACACAACAAGCUAUGUCUUCAACAGCACACAACGGCCAUCUCUAUGUAUGCUCUAUCAACAACCACAACUGAAACUAACGCGUCAUUUCCCAUUACACAAUUACGUCACAACACUCUCACUCAAACAAUACAGCGUCACAUAAAAUCUCUAACUAAACAUAUUUUCCCUAUCAAACAUGACAACAAUGUUCUACACAUAACAACAGUGAUUCUCAUACAGGCUCUAUACAGCUGUAGUAUUUUUAUAUUUUUAAAAAUGUUUUCAAAUUUUCAUCAAAUAGGUGUCUAUGUGUAGGUAUUUCAGUAAAAAUAAAUUCCAAAAUAAAAUUAAAAAAUUACAAUUAGGCCUAUAUAGAGCAAAUUUCAAUUUAAAAAAAAAUUAAACCAGAAUCAACUUUAUAGCUUUAGUCUAGUACUUUUUGAGCAAUGAAUUUUUAAUUAAAAUGUGAUUUCGUUAGCUAUUUUUCACUAUGGACUGCACCUUCACUUUUUAUGUCCCUUUUCCACUGAUCGCAAUAAGUCGUGCGCAAUAAGUCUUGUUUAAAUGAUAAUUUUAUACAACUUUUACUUGAGGAUUAAUUAAGUAUAGAAAUACUCAUUUUAAAAUUUAUUUUAGCAAUAUUAAUAUUAUGUUCCGUUUACAAGCUCUAGCAUUCAAUAUAUAUAAAGUCUAUAUAAGGCAUGGUAAGGGAAGGUGUCCCAUAAAAAUAAUACUGGUUUGGGAAUACUUAUUUUGAACUUUCAACUUUGCACAAAAGUUAUAAUUUAAAGCUUUCUCUGACCAAUGAUUUAAUGGUGUAUGCACACAGCAUAGUAAUUCUUUUAUGAAUGGAACUAUGAGAAUAAUACUAUGGUAGUAUUGCAAGCUACUGUGAAUGGCUGCCCAUGACAUUUAGCACACAGCAAAUUAUGAUCAUUUAUAAUUGGCCUGCACAACAUACGGCCUGCGGGCCACAUCGGGCCUGCCAGCACUCACUUUGUGGCCUGCGAAGUAACAAAAUAUGUUUUUUCAUAUUAUUUUCUUAAUAGCUUUCCCCCCGUCCUUCCUUUUGGCCCGCACAAGUCAUUUCAUAUAAUCAUUUUGCCCGCACGAGUUUUUCAUCAAGUAUUACGGCCCACCUUACAAUAUGAGUUGUGCAGGCCUGAUUUAUAAUAUGGACUCUACCAGAUUUUUAAACCCCAAAUUAAAAUAUUCUUGUUUCAAUGCCUUCUAAGUUCAUUCUAAAACACUAGUUAUCAAUUAUUUUGAUACAAAUAGGGGUAAUAAUUGAAUAUUACCUAACCAUUGAGACACCUUUUGAUAAUGCAGUGCACUUGGACGAGCAUAACGAACGUCGGACACGACCUACAUCAAUGAGAAUUGGUACACAUAUACAUCAAUAUACAAUGCUUUUUAAGUUUUAACAUGAAAGACCUAGUCUUUGAAUUUCAUAAAGAAAUAUAUAUAUUAUUUAAUAUAUACCUAUUAAUUCCAAUAUUAAGGUUGAUCAAAUAAGGGAAAGUAAUAUGUUGGAAGGUAGGUCAAGAUGUCCCCUAUUGUGAACAUGUGGAAGGAUACCACAGUUUUAUGACAAAAUAGUCCUUUCAUUAAUGAAAAAGCACUGAUGUACAAAAAUUGAAAUCUCGGAUUCUCCUGCACUGACACCCAUUUCCCAUACAAUUUUUGGCUUUACUGAAGUGCCUACUGUGUGCUUAAUUUAAGUUUAAUCAGAAUCAAAUGAGAAGCAUCAUUCUUAAAAAUUUAUCAUGUCUUUGUAGUUUAUAACUAAGGCACAGUCUGAGUAGCUUUCCAAAAAGAAAUGUCACAAUUAAGUGAAUAGAAAACUGUUUGCAUUGAAUAAUCUUCUUAAUGUUGUAUUACAAUUCACAAUAAAUCAGCAUACAAGGAGAAUAGUUUUUAUGGCUCUAGUGCAAUGGGAAAAUCAAGAAAAACAUCUUUUCUUGUCUUAUUUGAUCUUUUUCUGCAUCAAUAUCACUUAAAACUGGGGAAUGGUGUGUUUAAUGAGGGUUAUUACCAAUACCUCUGACCUCUCAAUCUUCAUUCCCCACAUGGUACGCGGCUCUCUCCUGCGGCUCCAAGAAGCUGUAGCAUGCGCAACAGCCACUCCACAGAUAAUGGCUCCGACUAGCCAACAAAACGAGGUUGAUGGUAGUCAAUGGGCACAAAAUAUUUCAGUAAAAAGGGCUUGUCCCCCCUUAUCACAAAGUAACCCAGUUACAAGUCUCAUAAUUUACUUAAGAAAGUUGAGAUGUUAACCCAAUCCUCAGGUCUAAAGUCAAAGCAGAUCCUGAUUGAAGAAAUAGACCCAUAUAAUGUAAUGCCCAUUUCAUGAAAAUUGUCUUGAACUGAAUUAUUACACAAAACUUGUAUCAUAAUUAUGCAUUGCCCAUAACUAUAUGAAAUUAAUUUGGAAAUAAAUAUUUGCUAUUUUUUGCAGGUUCUGAAUGUUACAAAAGAUUUGACCAACAGGAAACAUGUUUCUUCAAUAUUUUUGCAUUUCUUUAGCAGCAGCAAUUAUGUGCUGUGUGGCAAAUGAUACUUCUGCAGAAAAGACAGGUUAGCUCUAAGCGUGGUUAUAAAAUGAAAGAUGGUCUUUGAAUCAAUCUAUACCAAUAGUUUCUAAUAGAAUGACAUUUUUAUAAGCUCUCUUACCUUACUUGUUUUUUAAACAGCACACAUAAUAGUAUUUAUAUUACUUUAAAUAUUGUUGUUUAAUUAUUAAUUUUUUUAUUAUUAUCUUUUUUUCAGAUCUGCUAAUAAUAACUGUAGCAACAGAAGAGAAUGAUGGCUUCCGUCUGUUCUUACGGUCUACCAAAGUCUAUGGACUUAAUGUGAAGGUGAGAGUAUUUGUUUUCUGGACAACUUAAUUUAUAAAUAAUAGAUUAAUAAAAAAAAUAAAAUGUUAAAUUAAACCCCAAAAAAUUAACUUUGACAUUGCUUAAUAAUAGAUGAAUGAGAUGCCAAGUAGUUAGUUUUAAGAUCGCUAAAAGAAAUGAAAUUCAACUUAUGAAUUAUUUUAAGACUGUAAAAGAAAUUAAUUUGUGAAAUUUCCAUCUUUUUUUUUAAAUUUUUUUUUUUUUUUAAAAGCUUUCAAUUAAAAUUUUUAAAAAUUUUGUUCCUUCUUUUGUUGUUUUGGUGAUAAUCCAGGUAUUUGGUCUGGGAUCAGUUUGGGAAGGUGGAUCAAUGGACUCAAUCGGAGGUGGUCACAAAAUCAACAUCCUCAAAGAAAAUUUGAAGCCAUUUAAGAAUAAUGCCAAUCUACUUCUUAUGUUUGUUGAUAGGUAAUUAUCAUAAACAUUUGAAUAUAGAUUUCCAACUCUUGUAUUAGAGAAACCUUGACAUCACUUUGAAUCCAACUAUCUCUCUAGUAAUUUACCAUUUAUAUACCUAUUAAUUGCUGAAAUGAAUAGCUUUAAUGGUAAUUAUACAAAUACAUCAAGAGAGUAAAUAAAAAAUUAUACCACUAAAAGGUUUUUCUAGAUUAGGAAAGGGCUAAAAGAUUUUCUUGUUAUAAAAUAGAACAUUGUUGUAAAUAUUUGAAAUUACAUUCACUGGAGUUCACAGUGGUUUCAAUGUCACAAAACAUAAGAACUCUUUUACUUUUAAUAUUAAAUUUCUUUUUUUAGUUAUUCAAAAGAUGUGGAUCAGAUUUGCUUUAAAAUUUACAAUUUUAACAAAUGACAGCAUUGCAUUUAAUUAAAAAUUAAACCAUUUAAAAAUCAUUUACAUAUCCUCUCUUAUUUUACAGCUAUGAUCUAGUUUUCACUGACAACAAAGAUGCCAUCAUUGAAAAGUUUUUAAAAUUUGAUGCUAGAGUUGUCUUCUCAGCUGAGGACACUUGUUGGCCUGAUAGAUCUUUGGCGGUAGGUUGCAAGUUUUAUUGUAGUGCAGGUGUCCCUUUUAUUAAAUCAAAUAAUUUAAUUUUAAAUUUGCUUUUAAAGAUUAAUUUUUUUAAAACAAAUGUAUUUCAACACCCAACUAAAUUUGAACAUUUCUAUGAAAAUAGCAUAUUGAUAUGAAAAUUUCCAACAUGCAUUAAAUUAUUCACUACAUCAAUUUUAUUUAGGAUAAAUAUCCUGUUGUAAAGGACUCAGAAAAGAGGUUUUUAAACUCAGGAGGUAAAUAUCUUUAUAUAAGAUGUCUUACAUACAUAUUGCAAUUACUAAAUUUUAGGAGUACGGUUAUAUUUAUCUGAGUGUUGCCUAGAGGUAGAAAAUACCAAUCUACCAUAUAUAACAGCAUAUAAUGCAAGAAAUUUUGGGGUAAAAAUGCUAUUUAAAAAUAGGGUUUGAAAUUAUUUGAGUGUUUAAGAAAUUUUUCAUUGGCUGUUAGCAAUAUGUACUAAUACCUGUGCAACCAAAUCAUCUUGACCAACUCACUUUCUGUGCAUAACACAAGUAAUGUAGUAGCGCCCUUUCGACGGGACAUUAGCGUUAAUGCUUAGGCCUGUCCAUAGUUUAUUUGAAAUAUAAUAAUUUCAAAUAUUUUGAAAUUUUUAUUAAAAAAUAAAUAUUUAUUUUAUUAAUUCAUAUGGUAUUAUUAUGGAGAAGAUUAAAGAUUCAUUAUAUAUGGACUUGGUAUUUUAGGUUUUUUUUAAAAAAAAAAGUUAGGAAUCACAUUAUAGGUGUUAAUAUAUGGUAAAUGAUAUGUUUAUAUUUAUCACAGCAUUGCCCAGAGAGUUUUAUUUAUCUAAACUGGUUUCAAUUAUUUAAUACAUGUAAUUGAUUGCAAAAUAAAAUGACACAUUCCACUGCUUGAAUUGCUUCUUUCCUUAAGGUUUUAUUGGCUAUGCCAAAGAAGUGUUUGAGCUCAUCAACUACCAGCCUAUAGAUAACACUGAUGAUGACCAACUGUACUACACCAAGAUUUUCCUAAACAGGGCUCUCAGGGUAGGUUUGAUAGAAUUGAUAUCUGGAGGCAUUCAUGGAAUGAUCAUCACUUUUAAGGUUGAUAAUUAUUAAAUUGAGCCUUCAAAGUAAGAAGGAAUUGUUUCAAUAUUCAGUCAUAUUCAAAUUAAAUUUAUUCUUAAAUACUUAAAACAACUAAAAAUCAUUUUGUUGAAGAGUAAAAAAUUAUAUUAUGCUAAAAAUACCCAAGAAGGAAGGUGAAAUUGAUCAAUUUAAAUGUUUUUGUUAUUUCAAAAAAAUCCUUUUCAGCAUGAAUGGAAUAUAAAACUUGACACAAAAGCAGAAAUUUUCCAAAACCUGAAUUUUGCCUUAGGUAUGUCUCUCGUUUAUUAAUUUGAGUUAUUUUGUAACAUUCAUCAAUUAAAUUUAAAAAAAGAUUUUUCAUUGGUGAAAUGUCAUAAUUUAAAGAAUAAAUAAUUAACAAAAACAAUUUAUCAUCAGUAUGAAUUAUUAGGAUAGAAAUGCCAGUGUUAUUUUUAAAUCAACACAUGGAGCAGUUUAUGAUAAGUUAAUUGAGGAAACCAAAUCACAAAUUAUAUUUUUAUCAAUUAAAAAUGUGCACAGUCCCCCCCACACCCAUGCCUUUUUUUUUACUGUUCACCCACACCCUAAUUUUAAAUUUACAACAAAGCUAAUGAAUUUUCGUUCCUCAGAUUAAAUUUCAAGACCACCAUCAUAAUAUUAACCAGUAAUUUUAAUCAAUGCUCUUGAAGCUCCGUCUCCUAAAUAAAAUAUAACUUCCCUACACUUUUUUAAAGCUAUGGGAGUCGGGGAAUGCUUUUAGAAUUUAAAAAAUUGUCAAAUUGAAGAAUAAUAAUGUGCAAUUAUAAGUAAAAAAAUUUAGUUUGUCUAUUUUUUAAUGUACUUUUUUAACACAGGAGAAAUAACACUAAAAUAUAAAGGAUCACACAGUUACCUGUACAAUGUCAAAACCGGCGCAUCCCCAGUUGUUGUGCAUGGCAAUGGUCCAAUCAAGGUAAGGUAAUGUGGGGUAGUCUGGUAGAAUUCUCAAAUUGAGAUUAGCUUUUUAUUUCAUGUAAAAGUAACUGAAGUAGAUGUCUGACCUAUUAAUUUAAUAAAACCAGAACUAAUUGGGAGUGAAUAUUUCUGUAUGUUUCAAAUUCAAAUAUACAACCUUCAUUUCUCUUUUAAAAAAAAUUUUUGUGUUUAAAUGUUAAUUUAUAUCUUCGAAUGUACAGCCCGAGUUUUACCGCCUUGCCAAUUACCUGGCAGAUGGGUGGACUGUCAGUUCAGGCUGUUUGUCAUGCAAAGAAGAUCUUUUGGACAUUAGAGCCUUAAAGGUUUGUGAAAGGUCUUUUGAAAUAAAUGAAUAGCUGUUUAUAUUAACUGUCUGUGCAGAGUUAGAAGUAAUUAUUUCUCAGGCUCAUGUAUUGAUUUCGGGAAAGACUGAUGAAAAAAUAAACAAGCCAGUAUUUUGAGUUAAAAUUGUUUCAAUGAAAAUAACCCCUGUAUUGCACAGGUAUCAGCUGCUGAAGAGUGAUCAGAGCCAACAUUUCAAAAACUAUUUUUGAUUCUCUUGAUGGUCACAGCCUUUGUCGUAAAAUAUAUAGAUUAUUAAAGUUUUAUUUGUUGCACCAAAGGUCACUUUUUAUUGCCCUUUAGGAAUCUGAUUACCCAGUUGUGAUGGUUGCCAUGUUUGUUGAGUUUGCCACACCAUUCAUUAGAGAGUUCUUUGAGCGUGUUGCAUCUCUGAGCUAUCCCAAGGAUAAAAUGGAUGUUUAUAUCCAUAAUGCAGUAAGUUUUUUUGUUUCAGUUCUCCAAUAAAUACAGUGAAGUGUACAAAGUAAAUACUUGUUUUAUAAAAUAAAAUGUAAAAAGUAUUUGUGGCCAAGUGAAAUAUAUCAUUUCCAGAAAGAUUUUAAAUCAGGGAACAACCGGUUAGACAUUUUCACCGUUAACCAAAGCCGGGUUUUUUAAGACUACUAUUUGCCAAAUGCAAGUAGGAAUCCGAGUACUAUUAGUCCAUUAUUCAUAAUGAAACUUACCGUAUAUUACCGUGUAUAACUUGUUCCACGCAUAAUUCCAUGUAUAAUUCUAUGUAUAAUGCAAUAUGUUGAUCUAAUAAUAAUUUAAUACAAAUUAACUUAUUUUAUUAACUUUAAUUAAAUAAAUAUUUAUUUUAAAAUAAAAAUGUCAAAAUCCAUUACAUUAUUAUAUUUAAAAUGAUCUGCGGCCAUAAUGAUACAACUUUGCUAAUAUCCCUUCAAAGGGGUGCUACUAACAUUACUGGUGUUAAGCACAGAUACUAUGCUUGCUCGAGUGCGGAAUGGUUGCUUUGGCACUAGUAGGCUUAUGAUAAUAAAAGUUAUCAUUUAACGAUAAUGGAGAAUUUCUUAAACGCACGUAUAAUGAGAACCCCUACUUUUAACAUUUAUAUCCAUGUAGAGCAUAGAGUGAAAAAAACCACAAACAAACUUCCAUCCACAUGAAGUUACUGUGAAAAAUAAUGGUUUACGUAUAAGAUGAACUAAAUAACUUUGAAAUUUUGGAUGAUAUUGACUUUACUUUGUUAAUUUAAAUACAGAAAUUUGUAUUACUAAUACUUCAGCUAGCAUAAUUAACUGAUUAAGUAUCUAUAAUAUAUAUAAAUUGCUAUCAAUGUCAUCAUCUGAUUCAAUUUUUAGAUUAAAAUUAUUAUUGAUCUGUGCAAAAAAAAUAACCCAAAAACCCCUCAAAUUUGACAAAAAUUAAAAAGUUGUUAUUUAUCCAUUUGGGAAGGAUGUAAACAUAUCAGAAUGCUUGCUCAGCUAAUGUUUUAUAGUGUGGAUAUAUAAAGUUUUAAGUAGCUGAUGUUUUUUGUUUCUUUCUGGGUUUUGGUGGGAAAUGAACUUAAAUCCACCCAUUUUAAUAUGCAAAUUUAUUGAAUAUCUCUAAAACUUUAAUUUUUAACUAAAUAUUCCGAUCCACCUCAGAAGUAAUAGCAGUUUAGACGAAGGCAACUAUUUGAAGAAGAAAAAAACAGAUUCGGCGAGGGCGAAUAUACUAGACGAUUUCCGGUUGUUCCCUAUUUCAAAUUAAUAUUCAUAAUUGUCUUUUAAUGUUUUUAGAAUACAAUAAAAUAAUUUGUUCUCUGUUUUGAAUGAAACAAUGGGAAAUAAAACUUAUCUCUGAUUUAGGUGGCGUAUCAUGAUAAGGAUGUAGCUACCUUUUUAGAGAACACUAAAGGAAAGUACAGAAGUGUUCGAGUUAUUUCCCCUACUGAUAAUGUUGGGGAGGCAGUGGCCAGAAACUGGGCUAUGUAAGUAGUUUAGAUUUUUUUAUCACAUUUAUACAUUUUAUCCCUUUUUUCCAAGGAAAGGAAGGCUGAAGUGAUUUUUGACUAAAUACAUUUUAUUGCCAUUCAACACAAAUUGUAAAAGAAAAAAAUGUGGUGUCCCUUAUGUCAUAGCUUUUUGUUAAGUCUUAAUUGCAAAAAACAUUUUUGAAUAGACGAAAAAGCUUUCAAAGCAGCUGAAGAAAUUGAUAUUUUGUUGUUUAUUUGUGCAAGUUCAGAAUUGUGAGGUACUGAGCCUUUCCCAUUCACAAAUUUUGCAAAAAGUAUAUCUGGCAAAAAUGAACAUUUCAGAAUGUCAAAAGGCUGCAGUUUCUGUAUCAUUAUACUGCUCCUUCCAUUUCUGAUCUAGUUCUGCCAUUGUUAACCUAUGUAGAGUAUCUUUUAGUUGCUACAUUUGUGAUGGGUUUUUUUAUUGAAUGUUACUGUUUUUGCUUAUCAGGGAUGAAUGCACCAAGAAGAUCUGCCAGUACCUGUUGAGUGUUGACUCCAUUGUUCAGAUUACCAAUCCAGAUAUGCUGUUGGACCUCAUGGAGCAAAACAGGUUGGGGCCUUAAACCUUAACCUCACAUCCCAAUUUUAAGCAUAUGCCUCUAGUGCCCAAUAUACAUUACAAUUUUUCAAGGCAAAAUUUGUUAUUUGUUACAAAAUUUUUUGAAAGAACAUAUUAUAUAUAUAGUCAGUGCCAUGGUACUUUAGUGAACUGUGAGGCCUGACCUGAUAGGUACAACUAAAAUUUAAAAAAAUUAUUUUUACAUUUGUGCAGUUUUAUUGUGAUGCCCAGAUGUUAUAUAAAUUGAUGAAAAUUUAUUUAUUAAAGAUCUUUCCAUGUUAGAAAAUAUUGAAUUCUUUAAUCUGGUCAAGUUUUUUUCUAUUUAAAAAAUAUAUAUUAUUUUGCUAUUAUUCAGGUCGAUAAUAGCUCCCCUCUUAAAGAGACCAGGAAAAUUAUGGUCCAAUUUCUGGGGUGCACUAAACAAAGACAACUUCUAUGCCAGAUCGGAGGAUUACAUGGACAUCAUCAACUAUAGUAGAGUGUAAGUUGUAGGGGGACGCCUAAUAAUAUCUUAUUUACUUUUUUUUUUAACCCAUAACUGUCGGGUGCAUUUUUCUGUAGUUUCAAGCCAUUUUUAGCAUUUUCAUAAGGUUGUCAGAAAUGAAAAAAAUCCCAUUCUAAAUGAAUUCAGAGACCCUUACAAGUUUACAUUUUCUGAUAGUGCAUUGAACAAAUAUCUUAUGGUAUGAAAAAAAUGUGUUUUUACAUUAUGUAUGUUGAUAUUGACCUUUACAGAGAGAGUAAAAUUUUAAUGCUCUACUUCUGAAUUUAACCCAACCUCGUAGUCCAUAAAUUAUUCCUAGGAAUAAAGUUAAAAAAAUUGACCCCCCAAAAAUAUAUGAUAGCAUUGUUUUUUUUUAACCAAUAAAAUAUUUAUACUUUUCUAAUAGAAAAAUCCAUGUUUGUUAUUGAUGUUUUAUAUUUGUUUAUGAUCUAUUUCUAUUGUAAGUGUGCAUUUUGGAAAAGUAGCCUUAGUAAGAUGAAUAUAGUUAAUCAGUUUUAAAUCCUUUAUACUAAAUUUGCUUUUUUUCAUGGGUGGCUGGCAAAAUCUUCAGAUGGCUUAUUGACCCACUUCCUGUCAACCUAUCGAGCUGAAACUUGUCACAAAGACUUGUUGCCAAUGACAAUACAUUAUUUCAGAUUUUUAGCUCCAACCCCAACCUCCAAAAAUCAAUUUCUCAUGUUUUUUAAGGGAAACAUGAAGGAAAAUUCCUGAUAACUGCCUUAAAUAAGAUUCAUUUAAAAAAAAUCGCAUUUGUGUUUGGUGCGUUAUAUUUCCUUUUGUUUUGAUAUAGUUCAGGGGCGUGGAAAAAUGUGCUUUUGCAAAGGGGGGGGGGGGGGGGGCACUAAUUGGAAUGCUUAUGGAGUGAUAUACUUGUAUGCCUGUUGGUCAAAUUUUUAUCCCUACCCCCAUUGCUCGAUAUAACAUUUUUUAGAGGAUUUAUACAAAAACCUAUGCAUUUAGGGGUUGUUUAAUUUGUAAUCAUAAAGUUAAAUUUCCUUAAUCUUUUUUAAAGAGGUCUAUGGAAUGUUCCCCAUGUAACCAAUCUUGUGUUGAUCCAUGGGCACCGUCUGCCUGCACUGAAAGAUGGUUACACCUACAGCAAAGACUUUGACCCAGACAUGGCAUUCUGCCAGAAAGCCAGAAGUGAGGUAAGUUCUGGGCUGAAUCCGUAUCCAAAUUUUAUAGGAUUAAGAAACAAAUAAAAAAAGCUGCCUCAUAUUGCAUACGGUGGUAGUUUUAGUGUGAUAGAAUUUUGUAUGAAAUAGGAAUAUUAAAAUAUAGAAGAAGGAGAAGAGCAUAAUAUGAAAUUUCAAAGCUUAAGUUUAACAGAUCAUUUUAAGUUUUUCUGAGAAGGUUGAUAAAAUAGAACUUAAAAUUAAUUUGUAUAAGAGCUAAUUUUUUUUUUUUUUUUAAAUUCAAUUUUUAUGCAAGCAAAUUUUAGUACUUGUUUAAUUUUCCUUGGGUUUUGCAGACCAUAUUCAUCUACUUAACCAAUCGAAACAACUGGGGACAUCUAAUUUACCCUGAUGAGUUUGAUACCAGCCAUUUACACAAUGAACUCUUUGAGAUAUUCAGCAACAGAUUGGUAAGAUUACCUACAAGUCUUGUAGUGCCUGAUUAGCACUGUUAUCUUAGUCUUUUUAAAUAUUAUUUUAUUAUUUACAAGUUUUAAAAAAAGUUGCAUGUCUUCCUUGACCAAUGCCCCUAAGAUAGAUGUUAGAAUACAUUCGGUUGAGAAUUCAUGUUCCAGUUUCUUUUAAUCUUUAUUUACCUGCAGGACUGGGAGAACAGAUAUAUUCACAAAAAUUAUUCAAAGGCACUGGAGGAAAAUGCUGUCAUUGAAAUGGUAAGCAUGUAAUAUUAUUUGGCUUGCCCUUUUUUAUUUCCUAAUUUUAAAAAAAUUCUAUUAAGUAAAUUUUCAAAAAGUUCUGGAAUCCUUGCUUUCAUCUACACUACUACCGUGAUCAUAUAUUUAUUUGUGCCUUAUGAUAAUAUUGUAAUACUUGUAUUUUGGAAACUAAAUGUAUUUUUCAUUGUUUCUCUAAAAAGCCAUAUUUUUAAAUCCAUGAUCCAAUGUAGGAUAGUUUUUACAUUUCUGCUCAUUAUGGGCAAACUUGAUCUUUUCCAGAGUAUUGUUCCAUAGAAUAUUAUUGUAUAAAUAAAACAAUUCAUAACAAAAAUAUAAUGCAACUAAAUGUUUGAGAUGCUAUUUCAAAAUACUAAACAAAAAAGGAAAACACUGAUUUGUUCAAUUAAUUUUUGUGUACAUCACUCAUGACUGAAAUGUUAUCAAAACAUUUUCUAAUGUUACAGCCAUGCCCUGAUGUUUACUGGUUCCCCAUUGUUACUGAAACUUUUUGUGAUGAGUUCGUGGCAGAAUUUGAAAACUUUGGCAAAUGGUCCAGUGGGAAAAAUGAAGUAAAUAUGAAUUUACAUACAAAUAUGUUUAUAAAUCCCAAACACCUUACAAAUGCUCUUCUGUAUUGCCUGGAAGGCAUUGAAUAAUAAAAUAUAUAAUUUAUCUAUCAUUUUUUGCAAUAAAAAAAAAAACUAACAUUCUUAAUGGUAUUGUUCAUAUUUAAAUUGUCAACAUUUUUACAAGUAAAGAUAAUAAUUUUUUUUCACGCAGGAUCCCAGGCUUGCAGGUGGCUAUGAAAAUGUCCCCACUGUUGACAUUCACAUGAACCAGAAUGGGUUUGAGAGGCACUGGCUUCACUUCCUGCGGGAGUAUAUCCGUCCCCUCCAGGAGAAAGUAUUUACUGGAUACUUCCAUGACGUAAGUUGUCAGUAAAUAAAUACAUUUUAUAAAGGUCUGUACAGUAAAAAAAAAAAAAAAAAGUGUAACUUUAUUAAAUUUUUUUCUUCAAAUGAUAUUCCUUGAAUUUUUAUAUUUGAAUGGCUCAAUGACUUGGAUCUUGAGGGUAGCUGGGAGUAUAUCCCUCCCCCCCAGGAGAAAGUAUUUACUGGAUACUUCCAUAACGUAAGUUGUCAGAAAAAAAAAACAUUUUUUAAAGGUCUUUACAGUAAAAAAAAAAAAAAAAAAAAGUGUAACUUUAUUAAAUUUUUUUCUUCAAAUGAUAUUCCUUGAAUUUUUAUAUUUGAAUGGCUCAAUGACUUGGAUCUUGAGGGUAGCUUGUUUUAAAAUAUAUAUCAAUGAAAUUUCAAAUAAAAUAAUUCAUUCCAAAAGUUUUCCACUAUCUAUAAAAAGUUAUUUUUAAAGUACCUUUUAGCAUUUUUUUGGCAAUCAUAUAUUUAUUUAUAAAAAUUGUAAACUGCAUCAGUGUAUUUUAAAAAAUAAAUCUAAGAUGUAGCUUUAUCUCAUCAUGCCCGGUCCGGGGGGGUCUUACCCGACCCAUUUGAACAUAAGGGACCCAGUUUGCGUGGGGUCCCCCGAGUAAGGUCAAACAUGUGGCCAUAGAAUUAUUCUGUGGGAUGGCCCUCUGUCUCUGUUCUGCACUAACGGUUACGUAGGUGGCUCCAAUCCCGAGGACAUGAAUCUUUUGUUAGUCAUCGUUCAAGAGUGAGAGCUCUACAAUGUAUUUUGCUAUUCUCUACCAUUAAAAAAAAAGUAUCUAAAACAAUAAUUUAUGCAUAGCCUCUUUUGUUUCUACUUCGCUCAAGCAAAGGCCCCUUAAAAACUCUUGGACUCCCAGGCGCCCAAGGCUUUAGUUUCACACUAGAUUUACUUUGAAGCAAUGACCAUCUCAUUUGUUUUUAUUCACAGCCCCCUCAUGCCAUCAUGAACUUCAUUGUUAGGUACAGACCAGAUGAGCAGCCGCUGUUGAGACCCCAUCAUGAUGCCUCCACCUACACAAUCAACAUUGCUCUCAACAGGCCGGGAGUUGAUUUUGAGGUUAGUUUUUUAUUUUAUUUAAUCCUUGGGAUCAGUGUGUCUUGUGUACAUGUUCAUGUGUGUUGGUUUUAUCUGUGGCCAAGGCCUGGUGUUAAUGUCAGGAUAACUGAAGACAUCUGGUACUGGGUGUAGCACUCACAAUUUAAUAAUUUAAUCUUAUAGGAAAUACAAGGAUCAUUGAUUAUUCACAGAUUUUCCGGAAAUAAACUUUUAUUUAUUUAUUUUUUUUUUUUGAAAAUAAUAUAAUCCGAGAUGACAUCAUAGUGUAGCAUUUCAUUCAUUUAACAGACCAGAGAGAAAUCAUCUUUUAACUUGUCAAUUGAUCUUAACUCAUUCCCGAUGACAUUGCUGCUUCCGUACUUAAUUUGUUCCUGAGGAAGGGAUGUAACUCAGUUUUGCAAUUGAUUUACAUUUGUAAAUUAUUUUUUUAAGCUACUAAAUAUUAACUAAUAUUAAUGAAUUAAGGAUAAAGGCAUCCAGAAAUGAAUAAGGUUUGAUGAAAAAAAUAACAUUAACAAUGAAAAAAUAACAAACAAUAACCCAAAAAAUUGAUUUUUGGCACCUCAUAUGAACACAUGCUAGAUAUAUGACACAUUAAGUCGCAACAGUUGGGAAUGAGUUAAGGGAAUGAGUUAACUGGAUAUAGUCAGUUUGUACUGCAAACAGACUCAUUCAUUACAAAACAAUGCUUGAAAAUUCACAAGUACCCGCGGAGAUAAUAAAAAUAAUUAUUUAUAAAAUAUAUGUUGCAAAGGAUGAUAUAUUAUAUAUGUCUUGAUUUCAGAAUCAGAAAUUAUUUAAUAGUGUUCACAAAUAUUCUUUGGAUAAUAACCUUACAAAUUAUUAUUUGUUGUUUCUUGUUUUGUCUUGUCUGCUGAAGAAGGCAUCUUGCCGAAACUUCCUUUUAAUUGUCCUGUCUUUUUUUUCUUCCAGCCUAAACGUAAUCUUGUUCCACUGUUUAUCUAAGUGAAUUACCAUAUUGCUCUAUUUUAUGUUCCUAACGCCCUAAAUUGUCUUCAGGGAGGAGGCUGUCGUUUUGUUAGAUACAACUGCAGCAUAACCUCGCCAAGAAAAGGCUGGAUGUUCAUGCACCCUGGACGUUUGACUCACUACCACGAGGGGCUGAGGACCACAAAAGGCACUAGAUACAUCAUGAUUUCUUUUGUUGACCCUUAAAGGCACUGCAGUGCAAUAUUUUAAAGGGUGACUGUAUUGAUUGAAAAUGUUUUAAACAAAAUAUUUUUUUAAACAUCAAAACCAUUUUUAUAUAUCUUUACUUCUUAAUAAGCACUCAUUUGAGUUCUUUCUUGUUCCAGAAUUAUCAAAGUAAAAUUUUAUUUAAAUUUACAGGUGACGUAAUCAAAUUUGAUUCAAAGAUAUAUUUAUUUUUUUAUGGCAGUUUACAAUUUUUGCUACAUUUUCCAAACGAAAGAUUUAGAUGAAAUGCUGAAUAGAUUGUAAUAUCAUGAUAUAGUUUUAUAUUGCUCUUUAGUGUCCCAGGUCUGACAGAUUGCAUGUAUGUGGUUGUUCUUAUACCAUCACAUAAUUUAUCACCAUUUCUACUCCCCUUACCAUUUUGUGACAGUUUGUCCUCAUACCCUCCCAGUUCUGUGAUGUGUUGCUGCCCCAGGCCGUGCUGCACAUUUGAUUCAAUUGAACUUGUUUCAUUGGUAGGCUGGAUAAUAUAAUGUAAGAUGGAUACAAGGAAUUAGUUGUUGUGUAUGAAUUUAGUAGAUCACAUCAAAGUUGAAAAGAGCCCUUAAAAAUAAUCCUUGUUUGACAUAUCAGUAUUUUUGUAAUCACAACCAAUCUCUAUUGAACCGUAUUCCCUGUAAUUGCUGUUACACAUUGAAUAUAAAAACGUAUCAAACUUAAAAUGUGAAUUUACUUUUAAAAAACAAAAACACCUUCGUUUGUUGUUUUUACUACAAAAACAAUGCUACUUAUGUUAGCUGUGCAAACGACCACCACUCUUUUUAUGCAGCUUUUAGUUUAUUCUAGUCAUUGAUGUCUCUUAUAAGGUGUGUAUGAGUGUGUAUUCUAAUUCUUGCUAUGAUUUUAUUCUUUGAGAGCAUUCUUUUAAGGCUGAAUGAUUUGAAAGAAAAUAUAUUGUUCCAUUUAAUGUUACAUUUAAGGCUACUCGCUUAUUCAUAUUCAAUCUUUACACUAAAAUACUGUUUAAAUAGAUAUUGAUUUCAAAUUUCAUAUCUCUCAAUGUAUUUCCUUCUAUGGUUAAUCAAACCUUUUCAGGUGAGAAAAAAUAACUUUUUGCUAUUAGAAAAUUCAUCUUGCUCUCAUAGGUCUAUAAAACAUGUCGAACAUUUAAAAAAAAAUUUUUUAUUUAAAAUUUUUUUUUAUUAAGAUCAAAUGCAUUUUAUAUGUGACAUAAGUUGUAUCCUCUUUUAUUAUUUAGAGGCAUUUACAAAUUAGCCACUUUUAACUCUCUAACGUUAAUCUAAUCAUAGUGCUUCAUUGGACUCUUGUUCUUGGGUCAGGCUGAUUUGGGAAUUUGUACUUUAUCUCUUUAAUGAUAAAAAUCAUAAUUUAAAAAAAAAUUUUUUUUUAAAAUUAAAUGAAGUGUUGAGUGAAUGUUUAAUGAAACUGAUAACGGAGAUUUUUCCAUGGCAAUAAACCUGAUGCAACCUAUAGCAUAGACCCCUUUCUAACUGAUGAAUUUCCUCUCCCAAGGUGACCUAAACCGCAUAGGAUCAGCACAGCGAAAAUUAACCUAAAAAUGGCAUGAAUAGCUAAUGGCAAUAGAGUUUCACUGAAACUUUCUGCUAACUUCAUUGAUGUUAUCAUAUCUAUUCCGCCUGUACCCCGUGGGCUGGACCUAUUCUCACUUCUCGCAUAUUGUCUUGUGUUUGGCAUUGUUUCUUUAAAAAAAUUUUUUAUUAUAAAACUCCUAUAGGUACACUAAUUAACAUAAAGUGCAUCAUAGUAUGGGCGUCUCUGAUUUCUUCCGGGUACUUUGAAAUCAUAGCUUAUAACUGAUUUCCAUUCUUUGUUACACCACAUGGUGGAUUUAAACCCUACAUCCCUCAUUGAAAGGCUAUCCUUGUAUCAAUGGUUACAAGUAGGGGACCAUUGUGUGAUAACAUUUUUUUUAUUUAAAAGAGCAGUUAGGUCAUUUACUGUUAUAGUUUCUAAUUUUGGACUCUGAGGUCAGCCCAAGCUUUGCUUUUUUUGAUGUCAACUGAUGUUACCCUCUUUGCUACUAGUUAAGUUUAUAGCGACACAUUAGCCAUCCAAUUAUUUUAUUUUAUGUGACUGGACUAUAUUAAUGUGCCACCCUCUUUAACACCGCAACACAAAAUUUAAAUUGCAACUGUUUCCAUAAAAUGAAAGAAUGAAUUAGGCACCAAACACACUUGCUGCAUUUUUAAGCAUCUCAUUUCUCGCUGUUUUCAAGGCAACUUAUUUUGCGCCUUACUGAACUCUUGAGUACACCAUAAUUUCUUUCUUACCUAAAGGAUUAUAUGUACCGGGCAUUGAUAAGAAUUCUUAAAUUGUGCUAAAACUUGGUAUGCACAGCAUCAAAGAUUUCUCUGUUGUAGCACCCAAAUCCUAGUCAAACAGAUUGUUGGAAGGGCAGUUAAGAUGAUAAUUUGUAAUAUUAUUAGAGGAGUAUGUGAAAAAUCUGUUAAUGAAAUAAUUACAUUCUCAAUUCAACUUGACUACAGUACCGUAUCUAUUUGAGAUACCCCGUAUUCAUAUUCAGCUUACCAUGAUCAAAACAAAUUUAUCGCACUAAAGCUCUUCAAUAACAUUUUAUGUGAAUUAAUCUAAUACCGUAUUUUUUUUACACCUGUCUUCUAUGACUUUGAUUUAUUUAUAUAUAUCUUAUACCAAAAAUAUUUCUAUAUUUUAUUGUUUCUUGAGUUUUAAUUUAAGGAAUCUGCAUAUAGUGAGAUAAGGAUGUUAGCUGAGUUGUACAUAUUUGAAAUAAUUAAUUUUUUUUUAAGGCUUCUGUAAGAAGGUAAUAAUCUCAUAAGUGAAUUUACGUCUGGGAAGCUGAUAAAGGUUUAUUAAAGUGAUAAACUGGCACAAAAUUUCUGAUUUAAAAAAAAAAAAAGAUUAAAAUUAUAAGAACUGGUGUGUCCCUGCACAUAGUUUUGAGAAUCACUGUUUCAGGUUACAUUUUCUUUAGCUGUCAGAUGAUUCUCAGGGAAUUCAUUUCUGUACUCGCCUGUAGUAGAGAAAGGUAUUCCUUCAAAGCACUCAUCAUUGGCUUUAUUUUUGUGGUGAUUUUACAAGUGUAAUGUACAUUAAACAAUAUGUCAAUGUGUGUUACAGACUAAACAUUGGUGCUAGAGGGUUUUAUCCCUCAAAUAUUUAACAUUGUAUACAACUGCAUGUUGUGUGUUUAUUACUUUUCAAAGAAUAAAUUGAAAUCUUUUAUCAAACCACCCAAAAAAAUUUUUUUUUUAAAUGUUUGUUUUCAAUGUUUUUUUUUUUGUUUUUUUAAAUGCUGUUUUUAUAAAAGCUGUGUAGAUGUAAGUUGUUAAGUUUGAGAGGGAGAUGUAAAAAAAAAAAAAAAAAAAGGGUAAAAGUGGCCCAUUUAUACCACACAGUAGCCGGGUUCUCCAUAAAAUAAAACCACUGGAUUCAUCUCCCUUUGCUCCCUGUCAGUUACACCAUAGCUCUUGACUGGAAUGAAUGUCAUUUGAUGAGCAAUCACUUGUGCUAGGGUUUUUUUGUAACUCUUCCUUUUCAUACGGAAUCUCCUUCAAUAACUACAGAGUUUUAUGACGGAUUGAAGUACUACCAUUGGAAAACAAAUAUUCCUUGAUUUACCUGUCGGCGUUUAAAGAAAAUCUCUGUACAUUUAGACUAGGGCUGGUGAUUUAAUAGUUUAUACUUUUCUCUAUUGAAAAUAAAAAGUUGUAUAAAAUAUUUCUUGGCUUGGUAAAAAAAAUUAUGAACUGUUUGAUUACCA